CUAAAUAGAAUAACCUUCCUGCUUACAUACGCGAUUUACCUUGUGGUUAAGACUGUUCUAGAUGUUCAUAUAAUGUGUAAGAUGCCUACAGUUUAUUAAAAGCCUACCUAUUUCUAUGAAGAGGCAGAACCAAGGUCCGCAGAAUUUUGUACAGAAGAGAUUUAAAGGAAAUUAUAUGCAGUAAAAAUUAAAGAUCCUGUGAAAGGAGAAUACAGGAAAACAAUAAAAAAAAAAGAUUACAGGAAAACAUUGAAGAAGAAAACAGGAAACUCUAAAGGGGAAGCAAGGAGUUUCAUCAAGAUGAGGAAAAUACGCUUAUCCGAUACAGACAUUGAGUUCUUUGACAUGGAGGUUUCCCCAACUGAAUUUUUGUUUUUCACAAAACAUAAAGAUGCAUUCAGGUGUAUGUGGAAAGAACAGGGCAAACCAUUUUGGACAAGAUUUAUUAUAUCCUUUAGAAGUUAUACAGUCAAACAUGGAGUAAUAAAGCAAAUGUCAUUUGAUUCCCCAAAGCUGAAUGAUCUUCUGGACCAAGGAUUUAUAAAUAUGCAUGAACAAUUUCUUGAAGGAUCUGCAACAUCAGCUAGAAGUUUUGUAGAUGAUAUAGCAAGGCUAGCUCAAAAUCAUGACAAGUUUCCAAAUCUUGAUUCAAAGAAUUUUGCAAAAGACCCUUUUUACUGUAGAGAAACCAGGGAAUUGUUUAGACAAUUUUUUGGAAGUCCUGAUCAGAAAGCUUCAUAUCUAAAGGUUUAUAUUCUGAGUCCAGUUUACCUUCGAUUUGGUGGUUCUGUCUGCCGCUGUUUAAAACGUUGGAUGGAUGCACCACCUAUUGAAUUUAAUGAUGAAAGUUAUUGGACUGCUCCAGCUCCUGAAUCAGAUAUCAAGAAAAAGGAAAGUAAAGUUAUAAUGUGUAGUAGCUGUUUAGAUGAAUGUGGGACACUUUAUUUUCAAGAAAAACUUUGUGGAAAAAACGAUGGACCCAAAUUUAUUGAAAGUUGGUCAAAGGGUGAUCCUCGUUUUAAUGACAAGAAAAAUCCUUUGUACAACAAAAUAGCCGAUCCAGAAAGUGAUUGGAGAUCCAGCCUUUCUGUUGAAGAUUUCCGUGAUUUUGUUUACUAUUCAAAUAACUCUUUCGGUGAAAAAUGUAGUGAUUGUAUAGCCCUUUCUGUUUGUCCUUUACAUAAUUCCCUGAUGAACUCUGAAAAUACUCCUGAUAGUCCUGAAAAGAAAAAAAGAAAGCGUAAGAAAAAGAAGAAAGAAAAGGAGAAGGAAACUAAUGCAAAAACUGAGGAUGAGAUAGAAAAGUUAGUUAAUCAUAUUGAAGGUACUGCUCCUCUUAAAGUUAUGCCAGAAAAUACCAUUGCUGGGGCAAAAGAUAAAAGUCCAACUAAAGAAAACUCACCCCCGGCAGAAGAAAAAACUGACGAUAUGAAAGCAGAACAGCAAUUAGCUAAGCGGGAAAUAUUUACAAAAAAGGCUAAGGUUUCGGAUGAUUUCAAGUAUGGAAUAAUGCCGUAUCAGGACAAAUCUGGCGCUGAUUUAAAACGUAGUGUUAUUGGGGGAUUUAAAGUCAAAAGAAUUGAAGACGAACGAACCGGGGCUUGUGAAAUUACAGUAACCAUAACAACCAUAAAGGGUGAAAAUGCUAAAGAUCGUACACCAAAACUUCCUGGCCUGGAGAAAAAUGAAGAUCCACGAAGAAUAAACCGAUUUCCUUUAACAGCAGAUCUGCUUCGAACAAAGAUGAUUGAUCUCCCAAAGAAGAUGGAAUGGUAUGAAGGUUGGAAUUGGUGCGCUAGUGUUUUGAACUUUGAUGCAGAAGAAAGAGACCUAUGUGCAAAUCCAACCAAUUUUACAAUAAAAGUCACCGGGAGAGAAGAAGAAUGUGUUAAAAGAACUAUGUUUAAAUUGUUAUUUUAUGUUAUUCAACGUAAGUGUCGACCUUGUCCUGGAUGGAACAUGGAAGAUGAUGAUAUUGUGGCCUGUAUCCUGCCUGAUGAAUCAACUGAAUUUGAGGGCAUAACUAUCUGUAUUAUUAGAGGAUUUAGAUUUGAAGAAAGACUUACUGAUGAAGAAAAAGCCACUAUGCAAUCACCUCCAGAAGAAUGCAUUGCUAAACCUAAAAAAGUAAUGAUGACCUGGCAGCCAUCAAAAGCUAAAUCCAUACUUAAGGCAACACCAUCAAAAGGCAGAGCUGAAUUAAAAGAGCUUUUAUUAAAUGUUGGAUCGAUAGUAAAUAGAGUUGAUGAGAUUCCUGAUGAUUGUUCUCCACAAAAGAGACGUCAACUUGAAUUAAAAAUACAAAAACAAAUGACAGUUCUUAAAGCAAGGCCACCUAAAAAGAUAGAUGAAGGACCUAUGUAUAAACAGAUGAAACAAAAUCCAGAUACAUUUGAAUUAUUUAUUAUGUCUGAUGGUGAUAGAGUGGAUGAAUUAGAAUCCAUUGGUAUGAUGGCUGUAGAUGUCGAUAUUGAUGAAGAAAACAUUGGCAAUUUUUGUGAAGAUUGUGGCCAAGCUUCACCAGCAUGCAUGUGUGUGGAUCACACAGGAAAAAAGAAACAGUUGCCAGAAUGUAAUUGUGUCAACUGUCUGAAAGAGAUAUGUGUGGGUGCCUUGGCUGGAGAUUUUGAUCAUAUUCUUGCUAAAGAUGGCAUUAUUAAAGAAAAUGGAAAAUAUGUGGCUAAAACACCUGAGCAAAUAGAAGCUGAUUUACAGAAUGAAAGAAAAAAUGUUGAGAAAGUUCUUGGCAAUUUUGAAAAACGAGUUGCCAUUAAGCAACAAGCAGAAGGAACUGAUAGAGUAAUCACAAAGAAGGUUGCUCAGUCUAUUCCUCAACCAAAAGUCAUUAAAAUUGACAAAAGUGCAAGUAUUGAACAAACAAUAGAGGAAAUUAAAAUUCAGACUACUAUUUAUCGAAAUAAAACAAAUCGUUCAGAGAAAGGAGGUAAAAAGACAAAUAUUGAGGUCAAACGUACUUUUUCAAGUAAAAAGAGGAUAACCGAAAAUAAACAAACUGGAAAUAAGUCUCCAGAAAAGGAGGAUAGUGAUAUAGUGUAUGAAAUUAGACGGGAUAGGAUCAAAGAAUUAGAAAUGGAACGGGCAGCUUUGCGAAAAAUGGUCUUGGAUGAAAAAGAGAAAGAAGAGGCUGAAAAGAGAGCUUCAAAAGACAAGCGAAGAAAGGAAAUUGAAUCAAACAUAGAAAAGCUAGCUAUUAAGGCUGAGGAGGACAAAAGUCCUCAGAAGAAAGAUAAUUUUCUGGCCAAAGGAGAUAAUAAUAGUAAGAAAAAUGAACUUGUCAGACUAGACAAAAAACCUGAUGAAAGUAAGAAAUGGGAGACAGAUAAAGCUAAAUCUGAUCCUAAAUCAGAGAAGCAGAAGAUUGAAAUCGAAAUAAAAAUACCACUCAAAGAUUCUGAAUUGCCAUUUCAGAACAGUUUCGAAUUGAAUGAAAAAUUUGUUAAAGAAAACCCAGAUUUGUUGAAGCGCAUACUAGAAGCACUUGAUAAUGCUGAAAAUAUACACGCUAUUAAUAUGUUAACUGACGAUGCAAAGGUUUGUGUUGGAAGUCUUAGGAGUCAUAGCAACAUAGGAGAAAAACUUAUACAAGCAGGAGCUAUAAUGGGUCACGGAGUAAUUGAACAUGGGCCAAUGAUUCCGGAUAAACCAAAAGAAAAAAAAAAGGUUCAGGCUUGUGAUCACCGCCAUCUUUGUAGAACAUGUGAGCAUGAUAUUCCAUCUAAGGAUAUGGAUAAGGAAAAAGAUGACGAAGUAAAAGCAAUUAUUAGGAAGGGAACCAAAAGGGCAGAGUCUUCAACCAUAGGAAAGCAUAAUUUGACAGCCGCUAAAAAAAAUAAUAAGCCUUCUUCAGAAACUCAGAAAAAGAUGGAAACUAAACCAUUACCGGUAAAUAUAAGUAAAGAGAAUGGUAAGCUUUUUAUAUCUAAAAAAGUAACCCAGGUUGCAUCAUCGGAUAUAAUAGAGACGGAUACUAAAUCUACAGAUUCAGAAACUGGAUACAGAUCAAAACUAGGUAUAACGCAGACAAAAACGGAAUCAUCAGCCUCAGAAAAAGAGAAGUCUUUUUCAUCAAAUACGAAAGAGACUGAAAAAACAUUUAAUAUCAUAAAACAGACAUCUAAGACACUGGGUGAAAAACCCAAUCUCAUAGCUCAAAUUAUUGAAGAGGCAGAGGAGAAAAUUGUCUUUGAAAAAUAUGAUGGCAUGAGAGCUGAUAUCAUACUGACAGGGGAACCCCAGUGUCCUUGUCAAGUAAAGGCCAAGGAAUUAAUGAAAGCUAAGUUAAAGAAGAGAAAUCAGAUGCCGAAAGAACCAACUACGACCCUGAAGAAAGAACUGAGCCAUAGACUGCAUUGUCCAGAGCAGCUUUCAGUUAGAGAGGAAAAACCAUCUCUGACCUCUGCUAGACCUCCUUGUUUGGCUAAUGAUCCUACAGUUGAUAUCAAUGAAAUUAUAGAAGAGCAGCUCAUUGAUUCUUUUAACAUAAAAAGAUUAGUCAAAGUUGGUAUGAAAAUAUCACAAAAUGCAGUUACUCAGACAAAUUCUGACAGCGAUGGAGUGAAACCUUUAGGAUUCAAAGAGAAAAUAAUCACACCAAAACCAUGGACUGAAGAAAGAAGUAAAUGUGUUAUCAAAGAAGAAUCGGAUUUUCAGCGUUAUUUAAAGUUUAUGAAAUACAAACAACAGAAAGGAACUGAAAUAGGUGUCCAGGCUGGAGAGGGAUUGACAGAAGAAAAGAAUGAGGAAAAAGCAGCAAAGGAUGAAAAAAUGCUAGAGAAAGAUCAGAAAUCUGUGAUGGUUGAUGUUGCUGACACUGAAACAAUUAAGAGAGAAGGGUCUCCAGAAAAAAAUGGUAUUAGAAAGUGUGCUAACUGUGACAUUACUGAACCUGCUCCUAAGGCAUACAUGAAAUGUCAAAAAUGCAAGUUGGAAGGUAUUACUAAUGCCAGAUAUUACUGUGGAAGAGAAUGCCAAGUAAAAGAUUGGAGCAAAAGACACAAAAAGGAACACAAAGAAAACUUGUUGAUCUAAACUACAAGAAUGUUUUUUUUCACUAAUAAUUUAUACAUAUUUUGUAACUUUUUGAAUGUGUAAAGAUAUUUUGUUUAACUUUUGAAUAAAACAUGUUUUGUUUUUUUUUUUUAAGAAUUUUGUUUAUUCCAUAUUAAGACUGAACAAUAAAUAUUAUUUGUAACCAAUAUUGUAUUCUGCUGCUUAGAUAUGAUGAUUUUUUACUGAUUAUUAUUGUUAUAGAUUACAUUACACAUUUGAUGAAGAAGAUUUUCUGUUGUUUAAGACCAUAUGACGAUCUUUGCGAGAUGUCUGUUUUUGUAAUAUUUGUAGUAUGUUUCUUUUUCAUUAAUGUUUUUCCCCGUAUAUCUGUAUUUAUUCAUGUUUUUGAAUUUAACAAAUUGUUCAACAGAAUUAGAAAGUUUUAUGCAAAUAUUUAAUAUUUCAUGAUAAUUAACAUAUUGUGCCAUAAGUUGGUUAGAAGUAACUUGAUAAUACAUCAAAACUUAUAGUUUUCACUCAAUAUUCAACAUUUCUUUAAGUAAAAUUGUAAGAAAUCUUGAAAUGAAGCUGUAGCUUGUUUUAGGUUUCUUUGCUUAUCAUCAUUUUGUUUAAUUUUCACUUUAUAUCUUGCUUAUGAAUAACCAAUUGGGAUCAGUAUUUUAAUUUAUUAAAUUGAUAUUGUGUAUUGUUAAAAUUUCUCAUGAAUCUGUAGGAUCCAUAAACCAUUUCUGUCGAUAUGUCACAUAAUUAGGCCAUGAAAUUUUUAGGUUUUUUUGUCAACUUUAUAUGCUUUAUAUGAAAAAAAAAGCUGCUGACUUGAGUAUUUAUUUGCCAGUAAAAAAUGAAUAUAAAUCAGCAUGUUUGAAUAUCCUGCAACUAUCAAUCAAUUUGUUAGUGUGAUGUGUGUUAUAAACAGCAUUAUCAAGUUAUUUAAUAGUUGACGAUCACUUUUAGAAAUAGUUAUAAAACAAAAAAGACAAAAGCAAAAAGAAGUACAAAAAAUGUACUAUGUGAAAGAUAUGGUGAUUUUCAAGCUUUUAAAGUUUACCAUUAAAAUAGAUAUUGAAGGUUAAUCAGUUAGCAAUAUGAAAAUAAGAGACUAGUAUCAUAAUCAAAAAUGAGAGAAAAAAUUAUUGCAAUUUUUUUUCAGAAUAACGAUCAGAUAAGAAUGGCUUUUUUAUAAUGCAUUGCAAUUGGCCUCAGAUGUUUUUUGUUUUACAUAUCAAAUACUGUUUGAUAUUUUCAUUGUUUAUUAUCAGUUAUAUUAAAGUGUGUUGAGUUAAAUAUCCAUGUUUAUAUUUUAUUUUAACCAGAUUUGCAUAUUUUUGAUAACCUUUUUUCAAGUGUAGUUAUUUGAGGUAAAAAUUUGAAUAUGUAUGGGUGUAAAAAGUUAUAUUUGAAUUUUUAUUUAUUGAUUUAUUUAAUUUCAUGGUCUUAUUGAAAUGAGAAGUAUA